AUGGAGUCUUGCAGAUUAUUGCCCGUUGGUUCCUUGAACCCAUCUGCCUGGGACCGUAUCACGCUUGCAUUGGUCCUCACUCUAUUCAUUUCCUGUAGCCCUCACAAGUUCCUGUGCUACUUCUUUACCUUCUGUUACCUCUAUGUUCCUCUUGUUGUGACCAAAGCCCAGGCCCAAAAUAUCAUUUCCAUGAUGGAGCUCAAGGCGGCGGAGUUGGUGGCAGCGUUGAAGAAUUCCAACAUGUCAGUCGAUACUAAGGUUGCCCAUCUCCAAUGCGUCAAAUCCGACAUCAAGCAGAAAAAUGUCCCGGAGGGGGCAGUCCCAUCGAUUUUUGAGUCCAUACGCCUGGCAAUUGCGUCCCAACACUCGUCUCUUUCCGGAGCCGGCUUCUCCACACUCGGUCAUUUUCUGAAGCGGCUACUCAUUCAGGAGCUGCAUCAUUUGGUCGCACUACAAUGUCGCGCUUUGUAUCCUUUGCUUGUAGAGCGUCUAGGAGAUCAUAAAGAACGUAUUCGUGCUCAAGCUGCGCAAUCCUUUACCGACAUGUGGCUGGCAGCCCCCGAAGAAGUUGAGCAAUGUGUUCUUGGACAGGCGCUUGUUGGCAAAAACCCGAGAGCCAAAGAGAUGAGUAUGAUCUGGCUGUCGAAUAUGACUAAGAACUACGGUCUUUUGUUUCGCUCUUAUGUGUCGAGUCUCGUUGCAUGCCUGGAGGAUGCAGACAGCAACGUGAGAAAUACGGCCAAGAACACCGUUAUUGAACUGUUUGACCACGCCUCUGAACGAGCCAAGUCCGAUUUGAAAAGACAAAUGGCUGCCCACAAUGUUAGAAAAUCUUUCGUCAAUGCAAUUCUUGCAAGCAUCGAGCAGGGUACUUCCGAUAUGGAUGCGGCCUCACGACCUGUUUCCCGGGCUGAAGCCCUUGUUCAUCGUCCUGUGUCUCGUGCGGAAACACAAUCUUCCCGAUCAGUCUCCCGGCUGGACACACAUCAACGACCGGCUUCUAGAAUGGAGCUCGCACAAUCCUCUGUUUCGCACACGGAGGCUCUGCCUCCUCGGCCAGUCUCGGUCUUGUCUUCUCGUUCUGAGACUCACAAGGAGGUUACAAAGGAAGUCAUUGGAGUGGAGCGCCCCAAGAGCCGUCUUACUACUGCAAAAAGCGAGCCAAACUGGGCUGUUGUCUCUCACACGGGCCCCGCGGAGGAGCUAUCUCUGCCAAAUUCUUGCCCUGCUUCCCAAGAAGGUGAGAAGAUCGACGCCCUUUAUGUUUCGUCGUCGAGACAAGUCGACGAAAUGUUUCGUGAUAUGAUGCCGCACUUCGAAGGUCGGGAGUCUGAGGAUAAUUGGAUCCGCCGGGAAAAAGAUGUUCUGGCCCUCAGGCGCCUCACCCAUGGCAACGCGCCAGAUGAUUAUUCCCCAGCUUACCUUGCCGGGUUGAAAUCCUUAUUGGACGGCAUAUUCAAAGUUGUCAAUUCACUUCGUACGACUCUCUCGACCAUCGGAUGCCUUCUCAUCCAAGACAUUGCUAAGAGAUGCGGUCCUCGGAUCGACUCCAUGGUCGAAAUCAUGAUGCAGAAUCUGAUCAAGCUCUGCAGCGGUAUGAAAAAGAUUAGUGCCCAAAACGGUAACGCCACGGUCGAUGCUCUGAUCGAAAAUGUCACUUUCACCACCCGUAUUCUGCAGCACGUUUCUGGAGCUUGUCAGGAUAAAAAUGUCCAGCUUCGCCUUUUUGCGGCCGGUUGGCUCAAAACCUUGAUCCAAAAGCAAAGUCACCAUAAGAGUUCGAUUGAACACGGCGGAGGGUUGGAUAUGAUUGAGAAAAGCGUUAAGAAAUGCCUUGCCGACGCUAACCCUGGUGUGAGAGAGGCGAUGCGCAGUACUUUCUGGACGUAUUACCGUGUGUGGCCCAACAGAGCAAAUGAUAUCCUCUCAAAUCUUGAUCCCAAAUCCCGUUCUUUGUUAGAAAAGGACCCCGCCAACCCCAAUGCGCACCAAAAUGCCCCGAAGGAUUCUGCCCCCUCGCGCAAGGGACUGGCAAGCAGUACAUCCUCUCUCGCAGGGCGCUCUGCUCUGAAAGAAGCGAUUGCCGCACAGAAAAAAGCUCGGCUCGCACCAGCGAAAGCCGUGCCACCUCCUCGCCCCGAAUCCGCGCAGUCGGCUCUGUCCGACAAACAUUCUUCGGCUCCAUCCUCUUCCAAAUCAUCUGUUCGGACAGUGCCAACAGGCACCUCUCUAUCUUCACUUUCUUCUGCGCCCGUGCGACCAGCGGCGAAACCUCGCCGACCUGAACUCAAUCGUCCCGCAACUGCGGACCCAUAUGCUGCACGCCGGUCUGUCGCAACCGAGUCCAGCACAAGACACGGCAAUCGAUUUGACGGCUCUCCAAGCGCAACCAAGUCAAAAUCUUCUACACCAUCUUCGAAAUCAGUUAGCAGCACCGGAUCUCGUGACAGGGCUGACCCUGUUGGCACAACUAGAGAUCGGCCCAAACGACUUGUUAUCUCUAAGACGCGAUCCCACGACACGCACACCAGACAGCAAUCAAAACCAAUACCAACUCAUUCGAGAAAGAAUUCAAAUGAGAGCAUUCCCCGUCACUCCCCGCUUCGCAGCGAGUUUUCUGUGACCCCCAGUUCACCGAACAGUGUCUCACUGGAGACACCCUCUACGCCUCGCUCGCAUCUCGUCCAGGAUCCUGGCAACUUGAUUGCUAUCGCAUCGCCACCUACACACGUACAACAUACACCAGUUGAUCCGGAUGCAAGCGCGGACGAUUCCCGAGAACAUGCAGCAAAAGCGACACCUGUAGCCAUUUUCGAAGAUACCACGCCGGCCAAAUCUGAUCACAAUGAUAUCCAUGAUGCAGCCAUGACACUGACCGAGAAUCAAACCCCUCAACCCUCCAAGGUACAUUCUGAUUCCCCAAUUGUUUCUAACAAGAGGGUAAGCAAUCAGGAUGAAUCUGCCCCGCAUCUUACUCCUGGUUUGGGGUUUCUGACUGGAGCAGGUUCUGUCGUUGAAGCAUCGGAACUGCCGAAUUCCGACGCUCAAACGGAUCAGAGCCUCUUCGCGGACCCUUCCUUGCCAGUAACCCAUCAACACGGCCCAGUCGCAGAUUCUUCGAAACCGCCCGAACUAUCGUCUUCUCUUACGGUGACUGGGUCUCCAUUACGGGUAGCCAACAAUGAAAAUGAUAUUGUUAUGGACUCCAAGGCAACCCACGUAUCUUUGCCACAUCGAUCUCCGCCAAAGCACAAUGUCCUCGGAGAACUUACCUCGAAUGAGCCCUUGCAGCGGGCCAACAAACAAUUUCGACAUGCUGCGAAUAAACUUGAAGAUGAAACAACGACACCAAUUGACGACCCUUCUCGUCAUCGCUGGAAGAAGGUUGAGACAGAGGAUCGGCGAACGAGUAUUAGCCCACGUUCCAAGGAUCCUACCAAGGCGCAGCAGAUGCUCGACAAAGGCAUUCAACGAAUUCGCACAAAGACCAUGGAUAUUCUUGGAUAUCGCAAGCUUCAAGGUAUUAUCAAAUAUCAUGAUUCUAUUUUUACCAAUGAGGAGAAAUACGACGAAAUGUUGUUGGCGCUCUUGGACGAACUGGAAAGUUCGCCUGACGACAAGAGGCAACCCCUCGGCCGACCGCUGGACUUGAAGACUCAGGUUCUCCUCACGAUUCGAUUUAUGCUUACCCACAACAAGAUUUACUUCUCGGCGUACUGUUCCAAGGCUCUGGGUGCCUUGGUGCUCGCUCGCAAGUAUUAUGAUGCCAAUUGUCAUAUCGUGAGCGGGUUAGAGGAAACGGCCGAUGAUAUUAUUGCCCUUUGCGAGCCUGCUGCUGUUAUUGAUUCUGUUUUGGAUGUUAUCAUUACGGAGGAGGAAGAUGAUCGCGAGUAUCGGUCAAUCCUCAUGGGAGUUAGUGUGUUGACUCGGAUUCUCAGUCGUCUGAAUGCCGACAAGUGCCGCGUACCGGAACUGCCUCUGAAGCGUCUCGGACAGUUUGCUGCCAGCAAGUUAGCUGAUCGCCAGCCCGAUGUGAGGAGGCUCGCUGUUCAACUAUGUGUGCAGUUACACGGAAUGGUCGCCAACGAGGAGGAAUACUGGCGAGUAUUAGGUCACCCUCGGGAAAAUUCCCGAAAUUUGUUGACUUAUUAUAUCCUUAAGAAGUGA